AGGAAUUGCUCACGAACAGUUCAAUUGCUGUCUCUCAGCUAUGAAUAUUCAAUAACAUGUUCAAAAAUGAAGUGUGCAGAGUCAGUGUGGCUCCUGCUGUAGUAGCAGUUACAGAAGAAUCCUGCAAGAAUGCUUUACAGCAAGAGAAGGAACUCGCUGUCUUUGGGGUAUGAAAUAUUAAAUGUUUUCCCAAUGCUUCGCAACACCAAUGCUUCAGAUGUUGAGAUUAUUGCAAGUAUGAUUUUGGAUGGUGCAAACGUGGGAAUGGUCAUUGCCAUGACAGUUCCAAUGGCUCAGGAGGCAAAUCUUUCCAGUGGGUGUGUAGCAUGGCAAACUGAGUUAGAUGUUCUUCUAGCUUCACAGGUUGCGAAGGCAGCUCACGUAGCACCUGGUGCAUCUUCUCAACAAAAUGAAUGCAAAGCAUGUGUGCAGCAAAGAAUCCAUUAUGCCAAUUCUUAUGGCCAUCAUGUCUGUGUGAGUUGUGCUGUUAAGACCAAAAAUCUGGGAUCAAGCUACGUUGUCCACAUUGACUGUCUUGCAAGGCAGCAGGACUGUCUCCUGGAGGAGACACAUGAAAAUAUAGACAAAGGCAGUAGGAACUGCGUAAGAAGA